UCCUCAGGCUCUGGCUCCCAGGAGCUCCCUCAUGGGACGAGCCUCUGUGUGCCUGGCCCUCUUCUGGUUCUGGGGUUCCCACUCAGCCUCCACAUGCGGUCGGCACAUGGUCUCACGUGGUGUGUCCUCUGAGAGGGUGGCCAUGCCCCCCGCCCUGCCUGUCUCCCCUCACUCGUUUACUCCCGGGGGCAGAGGCGGACGGACUGCAGGGCUAGCUGUGGGUUUGCAUGGAUGGUUCCCAGGACCGUGACCAAUCGCAGCUCGGCGGUCCCGCUGUCCCCCGCCUGCGGGUGAGCACCAGAUGGGGAGUUGCGAGGCCUCCCCAGGAAGAGGGCUGUGGCUCCUGGCAAAGGCAGCCCAGUUCUCACGCCCUUUGAAGUCUCAGGCUGGGCGACUGGGGGUUGGAGAGGCGCAGGCAGCUCAAAGGCCUCAUUUAUGGGGCAGCAAUGACAUGGAAGCUGAAGGCAGGAUGCCACUCACCCAGUGGCCUUGGUUGGUACCUGGGGAGUCCUAGGCUCGCGUGGCUGGUUCAGGGCUGAGGUCCCAGCACAGGCCUUGCCGUGGCUCUUGCGUGGUCCUCUUCUGGGACCCUUUUCUCCUUUGGGGGUGGGAAGCUCGUGCCCAGCCAGGAACAGGCAAACAGUCCGCCAGCAGGUAAAAGGGUUUCCCUGAAUCUACCAAAGCUGAAAGUGUGGCUCUGACCAGGUGGUGUCACCCAGCAGCAAUGUUUGUGACAAACAGGAGCCGCCCAGAUGCCCACGUGGCCAGUGCUGUGCCAACCACUGAGUGCAGCCAAGAGAGUGCCUCAGUGCUGAGUGAGGACGGGCCCCGAGUCCUAUGGCACAGGUUCUAAAAUGGCAAGAACGAUGGUCAGGGAGUGGCUGCUGGGCAGGAGGCGCCCCGGAGAGUCUGGUGUGGUCCUGUUAGGUUGACUGGUUACGGAGUGCUGCAGUCCCAAGGAUGCUGGAUGCGGCAUGCACCAACCUGUGUGUUUAUAACUUGUGUACUGUCUCUCACCUGCCACAUGCUUCAAUAAACAGCAUCAACAGAGCCACAAAGGAGAGGGCCAUGUGAGUCCUGCACAGGGAAGGGAGGAGGGCACGGCGCAGGUGUGGGCCUUGCCCGUCUGGCGGGAGGAGGAGAGACCCUGACAGACCAGCACCCGUAGCAUACCAGCCCCAUCAGCCCACCUCUGACUCCCCGCCACCCCCCGGUGGGUCGGCCUGUACACCCCACCCUCCUCCUAGGAGGGUUUGUCGUCAGCACCACGCACUCCUCAGUGAGAAAGUGCUGGGGGGCUGGCAAGCGGCUGCAGACAAAGGUUUGUCCUUGAAGUGGUUGCUGGCUCUGGGCCGGCUGUGGUGACCUUUCACAGAGGAAAUGGGGGCUGUCAGGGAAGGACUGGCAGUGCCCCCCCCCAGCCCCCGCACCCCAGAGAGAAGCCACAGUGCAGUGAUGGGGCUGGGAGUCCUUGGGCGGGGUUGCCCUCAGCCAGCCUUUAACAUGAGUUAGGGGGAGGGUGGCUAGGGCCAGGCUGUGGGUUCCUGAGGCAAGAUUGGACGGCUUCAGGGAGGAGGUAAUGGUUUUAUGUUGGGCUUGGAAGAGGGUUGGAGGUCUCAGGCAGGUCUGCAGGGCCCCCACCCACCACCUGCAUCGCCUGGAGCACCCGUUGGCCGAGCACCAACUGCUGCACAGGCCGACUGCCUUGGUCUGACAGGCCCGGGUUCCGCCUGCGCCACCAGGUGGCGGACCUCGCUGCAGCCCGGCACACGCCCAUCAUGUGGCCACCUUCAGGAGGAGGGACGGACUCCGUGACGACUUUAAAGAUGCCAAGGAAGGCUCUGUUCUCCCUGGACCUCAGCCCACCGCGGCCGGGUAAGGCAGGAGGUCCCCACAGGACAGGAGGAAGCAAGCGGCCCAGAAACGUCUGCCUGUGGGCAACUGCACAUCCAGAGAAGAGGCAGGGAGGCGGACUGAGGGCGGAAGAGCGACACUGCACCCAGAGGGCUGGCCCCACGAGCUUGGGGCCAUGCCUGGGCCGACAUUUGUCCAGCCAGGGAGGGGGCGGUGUGAGGCUCCUCCCAGGGGAGCCAUGAGUUGAGCAGGACCCUGAGAGCAAGCACCCUUUCCUGCUCCCUGCGGGACGAUGCCUGCACUCGGCUCCCCGAGGCGGCUGCUGGGUUCCCUUAACUGCACACCCCCAGCCACCCUCCCCCUCACACUGGCCCCCAAUCGGACAGGGCCCCAGUGCCUGGAGGUGUCCAUCCCUGACGGGCUCUUUCUCAGCCUGGGGCUGGUGAGUCUUGUGGAGAACGUGCUGGUGGUGGCUGCCAUCGCCAAGAACCGCAACCUGCACUCCCCCAUGUACUACUUCAUCUGCUGCCUGGCCAUGUCCGACCUGCUGGUGAGCGUCAGCAACGUGCUGGAGACGGCAGUCAUGCUGCUGCUGGAGGCUGGUGUCCUGGCCACCCGGGCGGCCGUGGUACAGCAGCUGGACAAUGUCAUUGACGUGCUCAUCUGCAGCUCCAUGGUGUCCAGCCUCUGCUUCCUGGGUGCCAUCGCUGUGGACCGCUACAUCUCCAUCUUCUACGCCCUGCGGUACCACAGUGUCGUGACACUGCCCCGCGCGUGGAGGAUCAUUGCAGCCAUCUGGGUGGCCAGCAUCCUCACCAGCGUGCUCUCCAUCACCUACUACAACCACACGGUCGUCCUGCUGUGCCUCGUUGGCUUCUUCAUAGCCAUGCUGGCCCUGAUGGCCGUCCUCUAUGUCCACAUGCUGGCCCGGGCCUGCCAGCAUGCCCGGGGCAUCGCCCGGCUCCAGAAGAGGCAGCGCCCCAUUCAUCAGGGCUUUGGCCUCAAGGGCGCUGCCACCCUCACCAUCCUGCUGGGCGUCGUCUUCCUCUGCUGGGGCCCCUUCUUUCUGCACCUCUCGCUCAUCGUCCUCUGCCCCCAGCACCCCACCUGUGGCUGCAUCUUCAAGAACUUCAACCUCUUCCUGGCCCUCAUCAUUUGCAACGCCAUUGUGGACCCCCUCAUCUAUGCCUUCCGCAGCCAGGAGCUCCGGAAGACGCUCCAAGAGGUGCUGCAGUGCUCCUGCUGUGGGAAGUCCCGCUCCAAGGACUUCAUGACCAGCACAGGAGGAGUCUUCGGCGGCGCCCGGGGAUUGGCCGCGCGCGAUGACGCCGGGCCGGGCGAGGCGGGCGGGGCCCCGCCUAUAAGAGCGGGCGGCGGGGGCGGCAGAGCCUCCGCAGCCAGCUGCAGCCGGUCCGCUCGCGUCUCGCAGCCGCCCGCCAUAGCACCGAGCAUGAGGGAGAUCGUGCACAUCCAGGCCGGCCAGUGCGGCAACCAGAUCGGGGCCAAGUUCUGGGAGGUCAUCAGCGAUGAACACGGGAUAGACCCCAGUGGCAAUUAUGUGGGCGACUCAGACCUGCAGCUGGAGCGCAUCAGUGUCUACUACAAUGAGGCUUCUUCACACAAAUAUGUGCCUCGAGCCAUCCUGGUGGACCUCGAGCCUGGAACCAUGGACAGCGUCCGGUCUGGGGCCUUUGGGCACCUCUUCAGGCCUGACAACUUCAUCUUUGGUCAGAGUGGGGCUGGCAACAACUGGGCCAAGGGCCAUUACACGGAGGGUGCCGAGCUGGUGGACUCGGUCCUGGAUGUGGUGCGGAAGGAGUGCGAGAACUGCGACUGCCUGCAGGGCUUCCAGCUGACCCACUCCCUGGGUGGUGGCACAGGCUCGGGCAUGGGCACACUGCUCAUCAGCAAGGUCCGCGAGGAGUACCCUGACCGCAUCAUGAACACCUUUAGCGUGGUGCCCUCGCCCAAGGUGUCAGACACGGUGGUGGAGCCCUACAACGCCACGCUGUCCAUCCACCAGCUGGUGGAGAACACGGACGAGACCUACUGCAUCGACAACGAGGCACUGUAUGACAUCUGCUUCCGCACCCUCAAGCUGGCCACGCCCACCUACGGGGACCUCAACCACCUGGUGUCAGCCACCAUGAGUGGGGUCACCACCUCCCUGCGCUUCCCGGGCCAGCUCAACGCCGACCUGCGCAAGCUGGCCGUGAACAUGGUGCCCUUCCCGCGCCUGCACUUCUUCAUGCCCGGCUUCGCCCCGCUCACUGCCCGCGGCAGCCAGCAAUACCGGGCGCUGACUGUCCCUGAGCUCACCCAGCAGAUGUUCGAUGCCAAGAACAUGAUGGCAGCCUGUGACCCGCGUCACGGCCGCUACCUCACUGUGGCUACCGUCUUCCGAGGCCGCAUGUCCAUGAAGGAAGUGGACGAACAGAUGCUGGCCAUCCAGAGCAAGAACAGCAGCUACUUCGUGGAGUGGAUCCCCAACAACGUGAAGGUGGCUGUGUGUGACAUCCCACCCCGCGGGCUGAAGAUGUCCUCCACCUUCAUUGGCAACAGCACAGCCAUCCAGGAGCUGUUCAAGCGCAUCUCAGAGCAGUUCACGGCUAUGUUCCGGCGCAAGGCCUUCCUGCACUGGUACACAGGCGAGGGCAUGGACGAGAUGGAGUUCACCGAGGCUGAGAGCAACAUGAACGACCUGGUGUCCGAGUACCAGCAGUACCAGGACGCCACGGCCGAGGAGGAGGGUGAGAUGUACGAAGACGAUGAGGAGGAAUCCGAGGCCCAGGGCCCCAAGUGAAGCAGCUGAAGGGGUGGGACGCGGCUGCGGCCAGGACCAAGUGGUCUGUCCCCCGAGCCAUGUAGCCACUGACACACCCCCAAUCUCACCCCCACGAGGUUCAGUCAUGUCACCCUGGGGCUCCCAAGUGUUUUUCCUCCAGUAUUUACAGCAUCCCUGCCCUGCGUGAGUUCUCUCAGCUAUCUUCCGCCUUAGGUCAAAUCCGUUUCCUGUCUCUGCUUUAUUGUUAGCUCCAGGCCUGAUGUUUCAUGUUUUGUUUUUUUUUUUAAACUGGUUUCUGUUUAUAUUUGGGGGGGAAUAUUUAAUAAAUUUAUUGCUGUCAGAUACCCA